GCGGCGGAAAGGGCUCUAAAAAAAUUCAGCAAAUUUUCCUAAUCGCCGUCGUCGGGAAUAAUAGCCGGUUACGUUGCCGGAGAUGAAGGAUCAGGAUCUCGAAUUGGAGAAAGCUCGAUUGAUAAGCCUAGCUACACAGCUCGGAUUCGACGAAGAAACCGCGAAGAAAUGCUUGGAUCGAUUCGUCUCUCUUUACGGCGAUGAUGGUCGGGAUUUCAUCACUGUUGAGUUAUGUGGAGAUGAUUUUCUUGCGGCGUUAGCUGAUUUUGAAGAGGGAACUGAGGAAUGGGAUGAUAUACAGGCUAUAGAGUCUGAAGCUCAAGGAACAUUGGCUGAAAUGUUUGAUAAAGCUAACCCUAGUGAUAACGGAUUCAAGACUGAUGAUGAUAAUGAUGAUGAUGAUGAUGAUUCUAGAGUCCAAGUUCAUGUCAUUGAGGAUUCUCCUGAGCCAAAGAAACACCCGGAGGUAAUGGAGUUGGAUUCUUCUAGUGAUUUAGAAGAUGUUGAGACACGCUUCAAGGUUCCAAGGAGAUCACAGACAAGUUCUAUAAAUCACUCCUUGAGAUCUAUGGAUUUUUCCAUGGAGGAUUCAGUUUCAACAAUUUCAGGAAGAAAACCUUCUGUACAUAUAUCACAAAACGACCUUGUAACUCCGAGUUACGAAGAGUUGCAGGCCUUGGAUGAUCUGGAGUUUGCAAAUUUGGUGAUCUUUGGGAACAAGGUGUUCCGGCCCCUGCAGCAUCAAGCAUGUAGAGCAUCUAUGGAAAAGAAGGAUUGUUUUGUUUUAAUGCCUACGGGAGGGGGAAAAAGUCUGUGUUACCAGCUUCCUGCAACACUAAAAGCUGGAGUUACCAUAGUUAUAUCUCCUCUGUUGUCCCUCAUCCAGGAUCAGAUAGUUGCCCUGAACCUUAAGUACGGGAUACCAGCGACUUUUCUAAACUCUCAGCAAACAGCUUCCCAAGCAGCAGCUGUAUUACAAGAGCUUAGAAAAUAUAACCCGUCAUGUAAACUCUUAUAUGUGACACCUGAGAAAAUUGCUGGAAGUUCAUCCUUUUUGGAGACACUAAGAUGCUUAGACCGCAAGGGACUGCUGGCAGGUUUUGUGGUUGAUGAAGCUCACUGCGUGAGUCAAUGGGGACACGACUUUCGGCCAGACUACAGGGAACUGGGAUGUCUUAAGCAGAACUUUCCCCGUGUUCCUGUGAUGGCUCUUACAGCAACGGCAACUGAAUCAGUCUGUCAGGACGUACUAAAAAGUUUGAGAAUUCCCAGGGCUCCGGUUUUGAAGAUGAGCUUUGACAGAACCAACUUGAAGUAUGAGGUGAUCGUUAAAACAAAAGAGCCGCUGAAACAGCUCCAAGAGCUGUUAAAAGAUCGGUUCAAGGAUCAGUCUGGGAUUGUUUACUGUCUCUCCAAAAGUGAAUGUGUCGAUGUUGCGAAGUUUCUGAACGAGAAAUGCAAGGUGAAGACGGUAUAUUACCAUGCUGGUAUGCCUGCAAAACAGAGAGUUGAUGUACAGAGGAAAUGGCAAACAGGGGAAGUCCGAAUUGUUUGUGCGACCAUCGCAUUUGGGAUGGGAAUAGACAAAGCAGACGUGCGUUUUGUCAUACACAAUACCUUGUCGAAAGCUAUAGAAAGCUACUACCAAGAGUCAGGGAGAGCAGGAAGGGACGGGCUUCAAGCACAGUGCAUUUGCUUGUACCAGAAGAAAGAUUUCAGCAGAGUCGUUUGCAUGCUGCGUAAUGGACAAGGCAGAAACAUGGAUAGAUUUAAGUCAGCCAUGGCUCAGGCCAAGAAGAUGCAGCAAUACUGUGAGCUGAAGACAGAAUGCAGAAGACAGAUGUUACUAGAGUACUUUGGAGAGUCACUCGACCGGAGGAUUUGUAAAAGCAGUUUAAACCCGUGUGAUAACUGUGAAAAGAGCUAAAGUAAUCUCUAUCAAAUUUUUAUGACUUGACCUCUUAUAUAUUGAUAGUUGAUACAUAUAGUUUUCUUCAUAUGACCUGAGAGUUAUUAGUAAAACCAAGUUAUGAUCCUAGUUGUAAUAGUAAAACCAAAACCUGAUGAGCAUUUCCAAGGUUUAGUUCUCAA